CCCGGUCUCACUCCCUAUGCGUAUGAAAUCGUACGCAAAACUAAACACUGGGAUGCGUACUCAUGCGUACGCAGAGAGCUGCGUACAAAUGUUACGCCGCUAUCAAAUACAUGUAAAUACUCGCCGAUUCCCGACAAAUCGAUCCCUAGGCUAUAUUUAGGUGUCCAAACUGAUCGUAGUAUCUACUCUGUACAGUAUAUUAACGCAAACGCUAAAAAAAGAUGAGACAUUUGACGUUUUACGAGUUGAGAGAGAGAGACAUAGAGAGAGAUGCACUUACUGAGCGAAUGCCCAGAAUACAGUGGGAUUCGGUCAGAAUUCUUCACUAAAAAGACCAACAUAAUCGCUUUAUUAAAACCCUUCCUGAGCAAUGAUGUCUGAGGUAAAUAUAAGCGUGCUAUACACUGGAGCACAGUAUGUUCAGGCCUGCCACAGAGUAAGGGACGGAGAUACACACCAAUGAGCACACACGUUAUUAUUAAUUAAUAAUAAUAAUAGUAUUAAUAUUAGUAAUUAAUAUAUUAUUCAUAAUUCUGUUAUUAAUUAAUAAACUAUGAGAGUUUAAUAGUUUCAUAGUUUAGGGUUUGUUCGGUUUGUUUUUGGCUACUUUUUUCUGAUGUGUGGAGACAAACGUAAUUUUCACCUAAACGUAUUCCUUCUUUUAUUCUCUGUUUCUGGUUCUUCUCAGGUUCUGAUAUGCCUAAAUGAACUGAUUAGUAUCCAAGCUCAAAUAAUGAUGGAUUUUACAUCUUCAGAAGUGAUGUGCGAGGUUGCCAAUUUAACAAAGGAAUUUACUUUUAGUCAUUCUUGUUCGUUUUAGUUAACCUCACUUGUAACAGGAAUUCAUUCAUAAUAGACCACGUAUGGAAACAUCCCAAUAUAUGUAUGUAUUUAGUUAACAAGAAUGUGCUCAGACAAAGACUCUUACUGUGAAGUUCUGGUUGCAUUGGUAAGGUUGCUAUCCAAUUUGAGCGCGAUUGCGACCAUCGAUAUCAAGGUUUUGAAGCAAAGAUCGUUUAAGGGAGGGUCUAAGUUAGGGCACUACAUUUCAUACAGCCUCAUUUAUGAAAGCUAAUGCAUUGAAGUGAAAGUGAGCGCCCCCCAUCUUUCGGACUGUGUGCACUUCCGCCCGAUCCUCUGGACACGGAACCACAGCUCGCUUUUCCCUCCACACGACCUUUCAGAUCCCUCCUCACAUCCAUCUAUCUCUCUAUCCUUUAUAGCGACCCAACGGCACUUUUAAGAGCCACUCGUCUGUCUGUCUAUCCAUACAUCCAUUCAUCCAUCCAUAUAUCUGUCUGUCUGUCUUGGUGUUUAUCUGUCUACCUGUUUAUCUGUCUGCAUUGUCUGUGUGUGUGCAUCUGUUGUCUGUCUGUGUAUCUGUAGGUGUCAUAUUUUUGCCUUCAUUUACACCAUGGACUCUGAAGGAGACUCUGGUAAUAAAUUCCACAAGCUUCUUCAGGAAGCACAGAGACUUGCAGCAGAGCUCAAUCCAAAAUUGGCAAAGAAAAGAAGGUCGGCAAAACCCGUAUCUGGUGUUGUUAGUUGGAGACAGAGGGAUAAUUCAGGACAAAUUAUUCCAAAAUUUCCCCCAAAGACUUAUAACUCGACUACACGUAAAAGGAGCAGUUCUGAAGUGGCUGAACCAGUAUUUCAGCAGCCUGAGCCAACACCUUAUGAUAGUGCUCAAGAACUUAAUGCACUGCAAGACAUUCUCAGGGACAUUCCUCCACAAGAGAAGGGCACUGUGCCACUAAGCUGGGCUGAACGGCAAGCUCAAAGCUCAGAGAAGUGGAAUGCUUCUAGAUCAGCCAUGGUUAAAAACAUAUUUCUCGCAGAGCACACAGACACCUAUAUCUGUGACAUCUGCCUGCAAAACACAUCUGUUGUGAGGUGCAGAGAUUGUUUGCCAAGACAGUUCCUGUGCAGUUCCUGCGAUACACAGAUACAUCAGCACAUCCUCCAUAACCGAGAAGCCAUGUUUGAGGGAUUCUAUCAACCCUUAGCCCCAAACAUGAUCAUUCAACUUCAAAAUGAUGGGUCACACCAGAUAAAGCAUGAAGUUCGACUGUUGCCGGUUCGUCUACCUCAACAGUGUACCUGUUCUCCCAGUCAGCUAAAGCUGACCUGUGGCAAAGAGGUCAUCCUUGUUGGAAUUAAUGGACGGUACCAACUAAAUUUGCCAACAUUGAGCUGUUCUCAGUGCAUGAAAAGCUGGACCACUGGACUUGAUGAACUAGUACAAUGUGGAUAUUGGCCUGCUACCAUCAACCACCAGACCAUCUUCCAUGUAGACCUGUUCCAGUCUUUCCAGGAUCUGAAGCAGCUGGCUCCUGGGCUUUCUCGUCAAGCAUUUAUUGGAAUGCUUGAUGAAAGAACAAAGUAUUUUGGCAGAACCGGAAAAAUAUGUGGUGACACAUUCCAGCGGUCAUUUCUGGAGUGGUGCUACGCGCAGCAUGAGGUGGACAAACUGUUGGAAGUUGAGCCCUUCCGGUGUACAGCAUGUUCACCACAAAUGCAUGCUGUAUCAGUGGAUGGAAAUAGAAAAUUAUACCGAUUUAAGAAUGCAUCAGGAAGUGCCACAAAGGGACUUUUUGAUGGCACCUUCCUGGCCAGAGAUGAGGAGGUGUCAAGUUUUGUUUCUCAAAUCCAGCAGGCAACCAAACAUACUCCUGGGAAAGGAAUGUGCGGAUCAUCACAAUGGACAGCUGCAAAAGAGCAUUCUGGGAAAUCUGCCUCAAAAAUUGAUGAGGAGGGGCUGGAAAUCGCUGUGUGCCGGCAUGGGGUGCUUUUGAGAGCACUGAAUAUGUUCAGAGGGGAGAUUUAUGCUUACCCUCUGUAUCUGCAGAAGGAACUGUCCCCCUCAAAUGUUUCCUUUUUCUGUUCAGAUGUGGCAUGCAAGUAUUAUCCGUAUUUGGAAAAGGUCUCCAAUAAGUGCUCUGAACUGCAGGGACUAUUGGAGAUGCAUCCACUUCUUUCAGUGAUGCAUGCCAAAGCACACUCCUGGACAUGUGAGUUGAAAUGGGGUGGACGCAAUCAAGAAGGCGCUGGCAAUACCAUUGGUGAGGAAGUGGAGCAGGUAAAUAGCUUCCUGUCCAGGGCUGCUAUCUCCACAAAAUACAUGUCUAAAGGUGGAAGAACAGACAUGCUCACAGUUCUGGCAAUGGGGUGGAACAAAAAGAAAAUGAGUAACAUGGACAAAAUAUUGGCCCAAAGAUAUGCUAAGGCCGUCCAGAGAGUGGCAGAUGAUAAGCUUAAGCUGGAGGAGCUCAAAGUUGAGUUAAGGAUUGAUGAUGCUGUUAUCCAACAGUGGGUCACUGAGGUGCAACACUGGCCUGAAGCAAAUUCUAGUUUGGAGGGUGAAGCCUCAAGGGAGGUCAUUCUGAAGAAGAAAAUUGAAGGACUGUACCUUAGUGUCAUGCAGAGGAAACAUCGCCUUUACCGUCAGACAGACAGCAACAAGAGACGACAUAAGAUGCGCCAGAAAAUUGCAGAGGAAAAGGCAGCUUUAUCUUCUGCUAUUGAAGAGCUACGUGAACAGACGGACAUCAUUCUGCCUGCUGUUGAUGAGCUUCUCUUGACUGAAAAUUUUGUGUGGUCCUGGACUUAUCUUGGACCCACUGAUCUCAGAACAAAGAAGGCCAUCUUUGACCAGGUGAUGGUGAUCAGGAGAAUGCAAGAGGAGGAGCAAAUUGUAGUUCAGGAGAUGAGGAGGCACUUGAACUCCCUCAUAGGUGUUGCUGGGAGUCUAAAAACCUUACUGCUGGACCAAAGCAAUGGCGCACACUGUGGAUAUCACAGCAUGUUGAGGAGGAGAUUGAGUGUUGUGAAUGCCCAAGUACAUCACACAAAAGCAUCAUUCAGCUUGGCUCUUCAUGGAGAAAUGACAUCCCAAGAUAUGCUGUCUGAGGACAGGGAGGAACAAGUGUCAGAUGUGGAGGACACAUCUGAUGAUGACAAUGACAUUGAUUCUUCAUAAGUACAUUGAGAUUAUUAAAUACCCAUGUCUAGUUCUUUGGGCUUCAAAACAGCUUAUGGUGCAUGAUGUGGUGCAUUAUCACCACAUCAUUUACAGGUAGUUCUCGACUUACGUCCAUUCGACUUUACGACCGUUUUAUGAAAGGUGAGCUACGAAUUUAAGAAUUAAGAAUUUAACUUAUAAUUCGUGCUUAGUUCUUUUUCUCAAAUGAAAAGCGAAUCAACAGCCGAAUUACAACCGAGACUUGCCUAAAUAGUAGCGGCCGUUGGCGUAGUGCACUACUUAGGCUUGCUUUCUAGUGUUGUAGUACGCGGUUUGAGAUUCAGCUAAAGAGCGCACAAUGGAAGAGAAGAGUAUUUUGAUUGACACUGGAAAAAAACAAUCACGAUCGGCACUCGGAAUAACAAGGGGUUGACCAUCAUCCCGGAAGAUAUGUUAUGUUCUGAAUUGCAAUUAGUGUUUUACUUUAAAUUAACUGUAAAAAAAAAAGAAAGUGUAUUAAUAGACGCUUCAAAUGACAUAAAAUGAACAAAGAAAAGUAUGACAUAUAACAAUAAUAAGGAAAAUGAUGAUAAAAUAUGAUUUAAAGAUUUUCAUAACAUCAUUACACAGUACUGUACAUAUAGCCUACUCGAGUUACGUCCAAUCAGCUUUACAACGGGUUUGUUGGAACCAGUCGUCGUCGUAAGUCGAGAACUACCUGUAAUUGCUUUGGCCAAUUCUGUGUUGGGUGGAGAAGACAUCUCUGGGAGUGAAAAACACUUUUUAUUAUUAAAUUUUAUAAUCUGUUCUUUUGAUCACAAAAAUUACAAAGGACACCUACUCAUUCACGUCUUAUUCGAGCUGUGCUGAAUUACUAUAUAUGUAUCACAGGCCUGAGAAUAGCCUGAAUUAAUUUCAUUGUUAUAUCUGUGUGUAUGUGUGUAAUUAUAUAAUUGAGGAGGCAGUUUUUGCACAGGAGACAAGACCCCUGAAGCUUGUAUAUAGUCUUCAUUGUGCAUAUACAGUUAAAUUUGCAUACUAUCAUGAAACGCGCUGUACACUUUCCAGUGCACAUAAUGGAUACUGCUGAAUUGGUAUUAUUCUGUGCAUUUAUCCUUAGUCUAAUGUUAAUAUGGACAAUUGUCAAGAAAAAAAAUGCUUUACAUUGUGAAUAAAUGGUACUGUAUCUGAAUCUU